AUGGAUGUAUUGAAACAACUCCAUAUCAAUAUUCCUUUGGUGGAAGCAUUGGAGCAAAUGCCCAAUUACGUUAAGUUCUUGAAAGAUAUUUUAACGAAGAAAAGGAGGUUGGGUGAGUUCGAAACUGUUGCUCUCACAGAAGGUUGCAGUGCUAUGUUGAAAAGUAAAAUCCCUCCUAAAUUAAAAUAUCCAGGCAGUUUUACGAUCCCAUGUUUUAUUGGUGGAAGAGAUGUGGGAAGAGCGUUAUGCGAUUUGGGCGCUAGUAUUAAUCUAAUGCCUAUGUCUAUUUUCAAGAAGCUGGGUAUUGGUGAAGCUCAGCCAACCACAGUUACAUUGCAGUUAGCGGAUAGAUCCAUGGCUCAUCCGGAAGGGAAGAUUGAGGACGUGUUAGUACAGGUUGACAAGUUUAUAUUCCCAGCCGACUUCAUUAUUCUUGACUAUGAAGCGGAUUGA